AUGGAGGUUGACACAACCACACAGAUCAUCAACGAAACCGGAGAACCCAUAAAUUUGGCUACCAUCAUCACCUGCACCAUCUUCGUCAUUACCGGUCAAUGCAUCGCCAGACCCCUCGAGACCUUCCACAACCACCACAACUUUUACCAGAGUCUCCACGACGGUGUCUGGACUCAACCUUUCCUUCAGGUCAUCGGCUUCCCUCUCCUCCUCGUCCCUUUCUUCUCCCUCUCUUACAAAAAGCACAACCAACUUCUCAUUACUUCCAAACCAUCUUCUCUCUCCCUACUCUACAUUUGUACCGGCGUUACCAUGCUGGUUCAGUCACCCUUUACGAAACUCCUUCUCAUCGACGGGACACGGAUCUACUUCACACCCAUCUUCGCAGCCAUCAUCAAGAGAAUCGAAUUUAACACAUGGAUUGUCAUCUCUCUCAUAUACACUAUUGCCAUCACCACUCUCUCCUCCUAUGUAGGAGGUGAAUUGUCAGCUUUGUUAGCCGCCUUAACUUUCAUCUUUCUCCUAGGAAACAUAGAGAAGAUAUUCGACGUGUACAUCUCAAAAGGCAACAAGAAAUUGAAUCCCAUUUUCGCAGACGUUUUGGAACUGCUGAUCUUCUCGUCUCUCUUCGCCACCCUCGCAGCCGUUUUCAUCUCCGGGGAGAAUCACGAUCUGAUGAGGGAGAUGGAAGGUUUCUCUAAAGGGAAGAUUGUGUACGUUAUGACUACGGUUGGUCAAGUCGUCUCGUGGCAGAUUUAUUGGGUGGGGAUUGUAGGGCUUGUAGCGUUCUCAGAGUCGAUUGUGACCUCGAACUUGGUCAGCUUCUCGCCUUACCCGAUCAUAAUGGUUCUAGAAAUAUUUUUUUUUAAUUAUGAAGACGAUGAGUUCGACGGUUACUUGGGAGUCGCUUUAGUGCUUUCUGUCUUUAUCGUGGUCUCUUCUUUAUACAAGACUAGGUGCAAGCAUGUAAGAGAACAAUUUGUGCAAAUAUCUCUCGAAAUCGAACCUCUCCAAAAUAGUGACUCCAACCAUAGACGCAACAAGUGGCUUACCAUCAUCAUCUGCAUCAUCUUGGCCGUAACAGGUCAAUCGGCCGUUAGACUCCUGGAGAACUACUACUUCCUCCACAGAAACAGGAACUUCCGUUACGGUGUAUGGACUCAAUCCCUCCUCCAG